AUGUACAUGGAAACGGUAGAUGUACCGACCGCUUGGCAGAUCGACGUCAGAAUACGACUGGCUACCGAACCUACAAACAACACGAUCAACGCAUUUGAGAUCUACAUAAUUGCGCCCAAGAUCCGUCGUUCUCGACUGUGA